AAUAAUAAUAAUAUUGACCAAGGACAACUAGAACUGAUCACGCGACUCCUUUAUCAAUAGGUCACCAAAAUCAAUGGUGGAGCCAAAUUUUCUGCAUGAUACUCCGAAUAGUUUGUUUGGGUGUCAUGAAAAGUAGAAAACCACCAAACUUUUGGUUCUAACUAUUCCUAGUACUAGUAGAAAAGGGAUUAGUUUUCAAGCGUCAAAACCCUAUAAAAACCCAACAAGUCAAGCGGCUUCAUUGUCUGUUUGUCUCAACCAGUCUCUUGGGUGCCUCUGUGUGUGUGUUUUUUUGCUGUUUCUGUUACGUGAAAACAGUAGUGUUAUAGUGCAAUGGAGAAGUUACUUGGUGUUGCAGCCCAGGGCAGGCCAAAGACAAAGAUUGUGUGCACUUUGGGACCAUCAUCGCGGUCAGUGGACAUGUUAGAGAGGCUUCUUAGGGCAGGGAUGAAUGUUGCUCGCUUCAACUUCUCUCAAGGCACCCAUGCUUACCAUCAACACACCCUUGAUAAUCUCAGGACUGCCAUGCGCAACACUGGCACUCACUGUGCUGUCAUGUUGGACACUAAGGGUCCAGAGAUUCGAACUGGGUUUCUAAAAGAUUCAAAGCCCGUUGAACUCCAGCAAGGUCAGGAAAUUCUCAUCACAACAGACUACAACACAAAGUGUGAUGAAACUAUGAUCUCUAUGAGCUAUGAGAAGCUAGCUAAAGAUUUGAAGCCACAAAGCGUUAUUCUAUGCGCUGACGGGUCAAUUAGUCUCACAGUUCUUGACUGUGACAAGGAAUUGGGUUUGGUUAGGUGUCGUUGUGAAAACUAUGCAGUACUUGGUGAAAAGAAGAAUGUCAAUCUCCCUGGGGUUGUUGUUGAUCUCCCAACCUUAACAGACAAGGACGUAGAUGAUAUACUGAACUGGGGAAUUCCAAAUGAGAUUGACAUGAUUGCUUUGUCUCUCGUUCGAAAAGGUUCAGACCUUGUUGAGGUCCGGAAACUACUGGGAAAGCAUGCAAACAUUAUCCUUCUUAUUUCAAAGGUUGAAAAUCAAGAAGGGAUUGAUAAUUUUGAUGAAAUUCUUGCAAACUCGAAUGGAUUCAUGGUGGAAAGGGGUGACCUAGGAAUGGAAAUUCCAAUUGAAAAGAUAUUCUGGGAUCAGAAAAUGAUGAUCAAAAGUGCCAACAUACAAGGAAAACAAAGUCUAUGACAAAAUCUCCCAGACCUACGCAUGCUGAAGCCACUGAUGUUGCCAACGCUGUUCUUGGUGGAACUAACUGUGUGAUGCUCAGUGGAGAAACUGCCGCUGGCGCCUAUCCUGAAAUUGUUGUUCAAACU